CGACACUCCCUUCCUCCAUCCGCCUCGCCUAGAUUCUUAGUCUUAGUUCUCUCCCUUGGUCCUGGAUCAUUCUUCCGCCACUAGCCAGACCAGCGCAUUCCUUUUCCGCUUCCAUUCAUCAUGGGCGUAGGGGCCAUUCUAGAACCUCUGACCGUCAUCGUCCUCCUCUUCGGAGGCACUUGGAUCAACCGAAGUACAGGGUCAUUUCCUCCCCGGAGACCUCGUCGCACUUCCAAUGUCGUUUCGCGUGAUUCCUCUCCUGGCGCAAUCGAGUCCGGCGUCUCUACCCCCACUGUCAAAGAUACUCUACUAAACCGCCGUUCUUCAUCUUCUUCGUCGCUCCCGCAGCUCGGUCAGACUGGUUGGCGCAAGAGACAGAUCGGGCUCUUUAACUCGACCUUCGAAGUCACGUCUCCAGACACCACUGUUUUUCAUGAUCGGUUACUCAGUCGCUUGCUCCGCAAGUUUCCCUUUCUUGUCGAGUGCUGGUACUGGGCGCUUGUGUACUGGACAUAUCAGUUGGGUCGCGCGUUCACUGCUGUUACUCUCAAAGAUGAUACAGUCGAUGUGGCGCGCAAACAUGCACUGCGAUUGAUACAGAUUGAGGAGGCACUGGGCUUGUUUUGGGAGGUUUCCAUCCAAGAAUACUUUCUUCGUCAUCCCACUCUCAUGACCUGGACCAACUGGAUCUAUUCGUUCAUCCACAUUCCUGGAACAAUCGCCUUUCUCGUCUGGCUGUACUAUUUCACCAUCACAAGGAACCGAUCCGACGAGUCGCAACCAGGAAAACCGCGCGGGCUAGUGAGCGGCUCACCCGCGGGGUCUCAUCUAUAUCAGGCCCGGCGCCGAACUCUUGCCGUGUGCAAUCUGCUUGCCUUUGUGGUUUUCACUCUGUGGCCCUGUAUGCCGCCUCGUCUGCUGAGCGACAAAGAUGCGAAGGGGCCCGACGCAGCCUUGGGCCGUAGCUACGGGUUUGUUGAUACUGUGCAUGGAGUCAACGGCGCGGGCAGCGUCUGGACCGAGAAUCGCUUCUGCAAUCAGUAUGCCGCCAUGCCUUCGUUACACUUUGGCUACUCCCUCAUGAUUGGUCUCACCAUCAUGACCAUCCCGCUGCCGCCACAUCAGCGUCGCCGCACCCGCGUGGCCAUUGGUCCUUUGAAGCUGCAGCUUCCUUCGUGGCGUCGGCUGGGCUGCCUCGCUCUGGGCUUUGCCUAUCCUUUUGUGAUCCUGGCCGCUAUCGUCGCCACCGCGAACCACUUCAUCUUGGACGCGAUUGCCGGUGCAACGGUAUGCGCUCUCGGAUGGAGAUUCAACGGAAUCCUCUUGAAUCUGCUACCCCUGGAAGAUUACUUUCUGUGGGUGGUUCGUAUUCACAAGCCAGCAUCGAACACCACGGACGGACUCGAAGACGCAGUCGGCUGGGUCGACGAUGGCAUUUCCGAACACACCUCUCUCCCUUAAUGCAGCGACAGUCGGGAGGUGAUCCCCUCCUGCCCACUUUGCCUGUCCUAGAGCUUGAUGAUACCCUUGCAUAUGCAACAUUAAUGUCUAUGAACCCCAC